AUGUUGUCACGAGUAUCUUUAUGGGGUAAAAAUUCUUGUCCGUUGUCUUUUGUACCAAUGAGAGCGCCUCCAAAAAAAAAAAACGUUCAAGAUAAAAAAAAAAAAGAAAGCUUGGAAGCAAAGAGUGAUUUAUCAGAAACGAGAUACUUGCCAUAUAUACCACCAGCUUAUGUAAUUGACACAGCAUCGUUUUUCAAAGACAAAAGUAAAUUAGACAGUUUAUUGUCCUUAAUUUUUAGUCCACAAAAUGCAAACGAUACAUAUGAAGAUCGAGUAGAAUAUCAAAAGAAAUUUGAAUUGUACCAACUUUUGAAGGAGAAGGAAGAGCAAAGAUACGCAAGGCACAUUGAAAAAAUGAGGGAAAAUGUUUUUAGGGCCAUUCAAGAAUUGCCCGAAGAAUUAUAUGAUGAAAGUAUUAAAGGGGGGGAAUUAUUUGACAAUAAAGAAAUUCAAUUUGGUUUGAAAUAUGAAAAUAGUUUAUUAAAUAAUUUAAGUAAUUAUAAAAAAAAAUUAUUGCAUGUGUAUAAAAUUUUACUGCAUUUACGAUAUCCAUUUUAUUUAAUAAAAGAAAAAAAUCCCAUGUUAUUUUAUAUAAGUGAAAGUAAAGCCAUAAGCAGACAAAAACAAAUCAAUGCUCAAAGGAAAAAAUUAAAAAAAAAAUAA